AUGGGCGGGCUGAUUAACAAGCUUUUCUGCUGUGGGUGGCUUCCCCUGGCCUACAGAGAGGAACUCUACCACGUUCUGAGGAUGGCAGGGCCUCUGCUGCUCUCUCAACUCCUCAAUUACCUCCUUCCAUUAGUGGUUACAAUGUUCUGUGGGCGUCUGGGAAAUGAUGUGAUGGCUGGCUUUGGGUUAGCCUCUGCUACUAUUAAUAUCACCACUGUAGCAACAGGAUAUGGACUGGCCUUGGCAUGUGAUACUUUGGUGUCUCAGACAUUUGGUGGCAAGAACCUGCUGCGGGUGGGAGUGAUCCUUCAGCGGGGAAUCAUCAUCCUGCUGCUGUUCUGUCUGCCCUGCUGGGGUCUGCUCAUCAACGCCCGGCCGAUCCUGUUGUGUGUGGGCCAGGACCCUGAGGUGGCCAGAAUAGCCCAGCUGUAUAUUACAUCCUUCCUUUAUGCUGUACCUGCAAUGUUUCUGCAUCAUCUUCAGGCUUCUUAUCUCCAGAACCAGGGUAUAAUAAUGCCACAAAUGUACGCUGCUGCUUUGGCAAACAUAGCAAAUGUGGUGACAAACUACAUCUUUGUUUAUUGGCUGGAUCUUGGAGUCAGUGGAUCUGCUGCAGCCAACACACUCUCUCAGAUUUACUCCUGUGUGUUUCUGUUUGCUUACGUUUGGUGGAAGAAGCUGCAUGUGAACACAUGGGGAGGCUGGUCUGUGGAAUCACUGCAGGAAUGGGGCUCCUUUAUGAAACUGGCCAUACCCAGUGCACUGAUGAAAUGCUUUGAGUGGUGGAUUUAUGACUUGGGGGGAUUCUUUGCAGGAAUGCUGGGUGAAGAUGAGCUGGCAGCUCAACAUGUGAUAACAAUGGUGGCAUUCAUAACCUACAUGUUCCCACUGGGUAUUCAAGCUGCAGCAUGUGCCCGUGUGGGUAAUGCUCUCGGUGCAGGAGACAGUGCCAGGGCUAUUCUCACCAGCAAGGUUUCCCUCACUCUUGCAGGCAGCAUCGCAGUCGUUGAGGGUCUGGUGCUUUAUUCCACUAAAUCAAUGAUUGGCUUCAUCUUCACCUCUGAUGAAAAGAUCAUAAAUCUGGUCUCCCACCUGAUGAACGCAUACUGUUUCCUUCAGUUCUUUGACAGCCUUUUGUGUGUGUGCAGUGGCAUCUUCUUGGGCGCGGGAAAACAAAAGAUACCAGCUGUGGCUAAUCUCAUUGGAUACUACUGCAUUGGACUUUCACUUGGUGUUACUCUAAUGUUUGUUGCAAAGCUGGGAAGUUUGGGGUUUUGGCUGGGGCUGCUCGUCUGUCUCGUUUUACAAUCCACCAUCUACAUCAUUGUCAUCUUCAAGAUGAACUGGGAGAAGAUGACAGAGGAGACGGUGAUUCGAGCUCAGAAAAACACUCAAGUGACAUUAUUCAGGAAAACUGUGGAUUUAGACACCGCGAGUGACAACACUGCUUGCAACCCAUUGCAUGGUGACAUGUCUGUGAGAUCUGAGGGACAUGAUGGGAACAUUGAGGCACAAGGGGGACAUGUGCUGCAGCAGAAUAACAGAGGUCGUCUCUCCACCACCCAGCUGGUGCUCAGACGAGGCCUCACUAUGCUUGCAGCGGUUGGGUUUCUGGCUGUGGGAGCGACUGUGCACUUCCUUGUGCCCUUACCAGAGACUCUUUCCUCAGAGGCUAAUGUUACUUUGGACUGGAUCAAUACUACGUACACUCCUGAUCAAAUUUUCUCCACCGUGUUGCUCCAAAAUGAAGAGUCAGACUCACUUUGAGAGUUUAAAU